GCGUCGCACUUCAGUGUCUGCGGCUGCUCUUGCAUUUCUAGUCGAGCCUCGCGCCUCACCACCACAUUCUUUAUACAACACUCUUUCGAUCCCCCGCGUCUCCCGUCUGCCGUUCAACCUCAAGCAGCCAAAAGCGAGACAGUAUCAUACCAUACCUAGACUUCACCUUCAUAGUACCAUCGCACACGAUCACAUCAAUGGCUCCUCAUUCUCCCCGUCGUCACCGUCUGCCACAGCACAGGGAUUUUAUCCUGAUUCCGAAGCCCCUUGACCUUUCACUCUCCGACGUCAGUGAGAAGUCGCCCCUCCCGGCCAUCAUCGUGACCCCGUCCUCACCGUCCUCUUCUGGCGACUUCUCUAUCGCCUUCUUGGCACCUCCUAAAGCCUCUCUUCGCGAACGCGUGACAUCGUUUACGGCCCCCAAGCAGCUCAAGGCUCGCACGACUCUCAUCCUCCUGUUAUUGUUCUUCAUACUGGCAUGCCAUCUGCUCACCCACCGCCUCGCAACGCACAACCCACACCUCGAGUUCAAUACCAUGAACGACGUCUCCUUCCACACAGACGCGGAGCAGACUCCAGUUUCGACUGCGUCCCUUUUUGCCAGCUGGUUCGAUUGGAAGUUGUUGGGUCUGUCGGUGCCGGAUGGCAAGCGUGAAUUCGUUGUCACAGAGCCAGUUGUAUCGUGAUACGUUAGGAAAUGACACACGCGCGCCUUUUGGUCACCUCGGAUUGCCUCGUACGUAGCCAGUGUCUGUUCAGGCCCUACGAUGAUGCCGCGGUUCGUCCUAUUUAUUCUUUUUGGUCUUUUCUGUACGCAUCGGGUGGUUGGUUUGUAAAUACCGUUUCUGCCAUGAUGUAAUGCAUUGUGGUUUUCUUC